GUAGUCCAAACAGCGCAAGUAGCCUGAGCUAACAUUACUGCUUGUUGGUUUGACAACAUCCUCUGUCUUAUCUGUCAGAGCACAAACAUGUAAGAGUCAAUUCCGUUUCGACAAUUGAGUUCACCGAAGACUCUUCGCUGAAGGCAGUUAAAUGGUUGCAGUGAGUCCGACAUAAAAGAAGAGAAAAAAACGGAAACGGCUAAUUUGCUAACAGACAUAUUCAUGUGCGUUUGGGUUUAACCGUCAUAGUGCUAGUUCGUCGCCAGUAUGGACCUGUAGCUAGUUUCCUUUUGUAAAAUAUUUGUUCGUUUUUCAUGACUAAGUGCUUAUUUGGGUCUUAAAAAAGGGGAAGUGAGCUUACUCACCCUGUAAGGCCUUAUGUGUGUUUGUUUUCUGGUUUGAAACACCGUUGAAAGGAGGGGGGACCUUUUUUUUUCCACUUUAGCUUGCUAACAAGUCAGUAGGCUACGAUAACUUUCAUGAGAUAAGAGUUGGCGCAAUCCUGCCGUUAUAAUGAGUUUCUUUAGUUUUGGACAAAGUGCAGAAAUCGAUGUUGUCCUGAAUGACGCCGAAACGAGGAAGAAGGUUGAACACAAGACUGAAGAUGGGAAGAAAGACAAAUACUUUCUUUUCUACGACGGUGAGACAGUCAGCGGAAAGGUGAACGUGACGCUGAAGAACCCCGGGAAGAGGCUGGAGCAUCACGGCAUCAAAAUUGAAUUUGUCGGCCAAAUAGAGCUGUAUUAUGAUCGAGGGAACCAUCAUGAAUUUGUUUCCUUGGUGAAAGAUCUUGCAAGACCCGGUGAAAUCACCCAAUCACAGACCUUUGACUUUGAGUUCACUCAUGUUGAAAAACCGUACGAGUCUUAUACUGGCCAGAAUGUCAAGUUAAGGUACUUCCUUCGUGCCACAGUGAUAAGAAGAUUAAAUGACAUAAGUAAGGAAAUGGACAUUGUGGUCCACACACUGAGCACCUACCCUGAACUCAACUCCUCCAUCAAGAUGGAAGUCGGAAUCGAGGACUGUCUCCAUAUUGAGUUUGAGUACAACAAGUCCAAAUACCAUCUGAAAGAUGUGAUUGUGGGAAAAAUCUAUUUCCUGCUGGUGAGGAUUAAAAUAAAGCACAUGGAGAUUGACAUCAUAAAACGAGAGACGACUGGCACGGGCCCGAGCGUCUACCAUGAAAACGAUACUAUAGCAAAGUAUGAGAUAAUGGAUGGAGCGCCGGUUAGAGGGGAAUCUAUUCCUAUCCGAUUAUUUCUGGCUGGUUACGAUCUGACUCCAACCAUGAGAGACAUCAACAAAAAGUUCUCUGUGCGUUACUACCUGAAUUUGGUAUUGAUCGAUGAGGAGGAAAGACGCUACUUCAAACAGCAGGAAAUCACACUGUGGAGGAAAGGAGACGUGGUGAGGAAAAGCAUGUCCCAUCAAGCCGCCAUCGCCUCUCAGAGGUUCGAGGGUUCGGCCGCUUCAGAGAGCGCCCUAGAACAGGCUGCCAAGGAGGAGAGCGGGUAGAAAAACCGGCGCCCUCCUCACAGAUCGCCGGUAUCUGCACCAGGCAGAUGACCACCUGACAACUGUGCAAACAUCUGGCGAGACAGCUGUGUUACAAGUAGCCGUGCUGGUAAAGCGAGUAAUAAAGGGAGGAAAAAAAAACGUGCAGCACACUAAUACCGUGUGUGAACUAUAAAACAGUUUGCAUGAGGCGUUCAGGGUUGCUUCAGGCUCCUUCCUCACACAUGCUUUUUGUUAUUUUACUGUACAGGAAUCCAACUAAUCACCUGUCGCAUUGUCUGCUGUGUAAGAUCACAUUCAUUACUUUCUAAUACUUUUUGGAUACAUACAUUUUCUUUUGCUUUAUUGUUUAAAAAGAAUGUUCAUCCAAGUGAAUCUCUGACAUUCCACGUUGAAUGAAUGAAUUCCUACAAGGUCUAAGAAAAAAAAAAAACUAAAAAAACAGAAUCUACUUUGCACUGCUUGAUCUCUCUAAACACCUUUUUCUUUUUGCA